UCCGGUGAAGAGAAUAACUUUGAUGGACCAACAUUGGCUACUUCCCCUGUUGGGAAGAUUGUUAUUGCCAAAGAAGAAGAAGAAAGAUUAAUGAAUGAAGAUAACUCUGAAGAGAAAGAACAAGAGAACAAGGGUGAACUCUAUGAAGAGGUUAAAAAGAAGAUUGAUGAAGAUGAUACUUCAGAGAAGGUUGAUAUCGAUACAAGUUUGAAAGAAGUUGAGAGUGUCCAAGAGACCACGGAAGAACAAGAAGAAGUGAAAGAAGAAAAGGAAGUGAACAAAUAGGACAAGGAAGAGGUUGAGGAAGAGGAGAAUGAGAAAGUUAUUAAAGAAGAAAAAUUAGGAGAAGGAAACAAGAGCGAAGUAGUGAUAGGUAAGAAAGGAUCUUCAUCAGCCUAUAACGAUGUAAUAGCAAGUAAGAUUCAAGAGUCUAGGAAGAACAAAGUUUUGGCUCUUGCUGGAGCUUUUCAAACAGUCAUUGACUAUGAAACUGCUGCAUCUAAGUGAUCUCUAUUACUCUAUAACACAACAACAAGAAAUUUAAUCAACAAUGUUAUCUUUAGCUUUGAAUUCGAUGUUAACUUUUCUUUCUGUCUAACUAUCAUAUGCCUAACUCGUGAAUUGUAUUCUUUUCGAGUGAACAAAGAUACACGCACUUAAUUAGUUUGAAUGGAUUGGCGUGUAUCUAUGCAAUGACUUGAAGACUAGCUAGCUACUUUUAACUCCAAGAAAUUAUAUUAUGAAGCAAAACUUAAUGGUUUAAUGGACAUCUGGAUGUGAAGCUGAUAGUUUGGAGCACUUAUUAUUUGGAUACAAGUGUUAUUUUAAAGCGUCUAUGAAUAUACAGGCUUAAAGGAAGAAAUUAAUCAUUUCAAAAUAUCUGAUUGGUAUCUAGUUUACAUCCACUAGAAAAGCUUUGGUUGUGGUUCAAUUAAACUACACGUGGGAGAAGGGUCAUCAUAGAGUGUUAAUGUGGGAUCAUGAUUUCGUCGUUCAUUAGUAUUGUAAUUUUUGGACAUAAAGUGUUUUUGUUUGUUCUUACUAACUAAUAUUCGGUUUUAGUUCUGAUGUGUUAUAGUUUAAUAUUUUUCAAUAUAAAAAUAUUUGUACUCUAUUAGUAAUUAUAUUUUUGAUCAACAAGCAUCUUUUGAAUUUCAAUCCGGAUAUUAAUAUUUCAAAUACCAACACGAAUCAUACGAUACAUGUGAUGGUCAAGUAAACGUUAUCAAUCUCUAUAAAAAAAAUACCAAGUUGAAAGUGGCUUUAGAAAAUA